AUGAUAGGGUUUGGAGGGAACAGUUGCAGUGAGCUUUCUUCGAUGGACAUGAUGAACAUGGAAACUAAUAGGAAGUUUCUUUCUCUGCCUCUGAGUAACAACUCUGGUGCCCAAAUGCGCAGUGAUAAUAGAAGGGUAUCUGUCACUACUAGCAUCGCUCAGGAUCAUAACUACACUCACCAGAACCACACCGACAAUUGCAGUGUGAGGGAUAAAAUCAUGGCACACCCUCUUUUUCCUCGUCUCUUGUCCUCUUACCUCAAUUGCCUCAAGGUCGGGGCACCUCCUGAAGUGGUGGCUAGCUUAGAGGAGUCAUGUGCUAAAUGUGAAUCCUUCAAUGCAUCAUCAGGAAGGACAGGAAGUGGUUCAAUAGGGGAAGAUCCAGCUCUGGACCAGUUCAUGGAGGCUUACUGUGAAAUGCUCAUUAAGUACGAGCAAGAGCUCACAAAACCCUUCAAAGAAGCCAUGCUUUUCUUCUCAAGAAUUGAGUGUCAGCUCAAAGCCCUAGCAGUUUCAACUACAGACUUUGGUCAAAGUGAAUCAUCUUCACUGAACGAGGUAGAUGUGCAUGAAAACAACCUUGAUACUCAAGCUGAAGACCGGGAACUCAAGGUCCAGCUUUUGCGCAAGUAUAGUGGAUAUCUAGGAAGCCUCAAGAAGGAAUUUUUGAAGAAGAAAAAGAAUGGAAAGUUGCCAAAGGAAGCUAGGCAACAGCUACUUGAUUGGUGGAACAGGCACUACAAAUGGCCUUAUCCUUCGGAAUCCCAAAAACAGGCACUUGCAGAAUCCACAGGCCUAGAUCUGAAGCAGAUCAACAACUGGUUUAUCAAUCAGAGAAAACGCCAUUGGAAGCCAUCUGAGGAUAUGCAAUUUGCCGUGAUGGAUGCAACUAACUACUACAUGGAAAAUGUUAUGUGCAAGCCAUUUCCCAUGGAUGGCAUGCCUAUGCUUCUUUAA